CUAACUCAUUUCCAUCAUCUUCGUCUUUGUUAGUUCCCCUGAGAGAGAAAGAUCAGAAGAUUUUUGAGAGAUUCGAGAGAAGAGACGAUGAGUUUCCAAGAUCUCGAAGCUGGUACUCGAUUUCAGGCUCCGAAUCGUUUUACCGGCGGGAGACAACAGAGACCGUCGUCUCGUGGAGAUCCAUCUCAGGAGGUCGCCGCCGGGAUUUUCAGGAUCAGCACGGCUGUCAAUUCCUUCUUCCGCCUCGUUAAUUCGAUUGGAACGCCUAAAGAUACUCUUGAAUUGCGAGACAAGCUGCAAAAGACAAGGUUACAGAUAUCAGAAUUGGUGAAAAAUACUUCAGCUAAACUUAAGGAAGCUAGCGAAGCCGAUCUUCAUGGAGAAGCUAGUCAAAUAAAGAAGAUUGCGGAUGCUAAACUGGCAAAAGAUUUCCAAUCAGUUCUCAAAGAGUUUCAGAAAGCUCAGAGACUUGCAGCUGAAAGAGAAAUAACAUAUACUCCUGUGGUCACAAAAGAAAUACCUACCAGUUAUAAUGCACCGGAACUGGAUACUGAAUCUUUAAGAACCUCCCAGGAGCAAACUCUUCUUCUACAAUCAAGAAGGCAGGAAGUGGUGUUUUUAGAUAACGAGAUAACAUUCAAUGAAGCAAUUAUCGAGGAAAGAGAGCAAGGAAUUAGAGAAGUUCAAGAACAGAUUAGUGAGGUGAAUGAAAUGUUCAAAGAUCUAGCUGGUCUAGUGAACCAUCAAGGAAUUAUUGUCGAUGACAUCAGCGCUAACAUUGAUAACUCACAUGCUGCAACUACACAAGCCACUGCUCAACUCAGAAAAGCAGCUAAAACUCAAAGAUCAAACUCCUCUUUGACAUGUCUACUUAUUCUCAUUUUUGGGAUUGUUCUACUCAUUGUCAUCAUCGUUGUCUUGGUCUAAAGCAUCAAGCAUCAAACUCCAAGCUUAAUCUUCAAGCAGCAAGCGAAGGACAAAUCUAUGAAACUAUACAAAGAGCCGUUAAAGAUAAAGAUAAAUAUCUAUUGUACAGAUUCUUUAUACUCCAUCUUCCCCAUUCAAUCGAAUUGAUCUUAACUUGUCAUCGUGUGGUAAGGAUCUUUAUGAUCAAAAGAUAUUAAACAUGUAUUUUUUAA